UUUAGCUGUUGCUGGCUUAUAAAACGAUCUUAAAAUCAUGUUCGAGCGUAAUCAAAAGACUAUAUUUGUGUUAGACCACACUCGCUAUUUCAGCAUAUCCAGCGAACAAUACAUAUCGAUGGAUUACUUGAAGGGAAAACCGUCGCCUGAGAUGGCAGCCGGCGGCAGUUCCGGAGUUGGCGUCACACAGCUAAGCAAAAGUUUGUGGACCUGUGCUGUGGAAUCUUCCAUAGAAUAUUGUCGCAUAGUGUGGGAUCUGUUUCCUGGCAAGAAGCAUGUGCGUUUCAUUGUCUCCGAUACGGCGGCACACAUUGUGAACACCUGGAGCUCAAGCACACAAAAUAUGUCGCAUGUCUCGAAUGCCAUGAUGAUGGUUAGUGUACCAUCGCGCAGUAUACCACAAUCCUCGGACUAUUCGGUCAUACACGGUCUGCGGGCUGCCAUCGAGGCACUGGCAGAGCCUACCGACGAGCAAGUUCAUGCGGCUCAAGUCGGUUGCACAAAAAUACCCAACAAAGGCCGCGUCAUCUGCAUCACCUCGGCGAGGGAUAAUACAAGCAUGAAGAGCUUGGAAGACAUCUUCAAUACUGUGCUGUUGCAGCAAAAUGCUUUGGUCGCGCCGUCCGGCAAGAAGGGUCUUCUUAUUGACCAUUGCCACUUGGUAAUACUAAACAUUGUACCAUUGGGCGUGGAAUCUCUGGUUACAAAUCGAAGUUUGCUGGACAUUUCACCGCUGCUGGAUGUGGAAAUACACACAGUCAACGCUCCCGAUAUAUCCGAUAAGUUGUUGCACCUUAUUAUGGGUCACUAUGAUCUGGCUAGCACCACGGUUACCAAUAUACCCAUGAAAGAAGAGCAGAAUGCAAACUCGAGUGCCAAUUACGAUGUGGAAAUUUUACAUGCACGUGCUGCCCACACAAAAGUUUGUGGACCGGAUUUUACGCUUCCCACCAGCAUAAAGUCAGGAACAUCUUAUGAGACAGUCACGUUAAAAUGGUGCACGCCUCGGGGCUGCGGCUCUGCUGACCUACAGCCCUGUGUUGGCCAAUAUAAUGUUACACCUGUGGAUGUCACCUCACGUCCCAGCUCCUGUUUAAUCAACUUUCUGCUAAACGGUCGAUCCGUGUUGUUGGAGGUUCCUCGCAAAACGGGCACCAAAACAACCAGCCAUAUGUUGUCUGCUCGAGGAGGUGAAAUCUUUGUGCAUUCUCUUUCAAUCGCACGGUCCGCUAUGGACGAAGCGCCCUCGAUAAGCGACGGACCCGGUGGACGAGUCUCCGAUUAUCGCAUACCUGAAAUGGGACAGCUGCUCAAGAUGUCGCGAAUGGUGCCGCUAAAGACCAAGCCUAAGAGCAAAAUCUCGCAAGGCGAACAUUUAUGGCGACGAAUGCCACGCUACUUUCCCAGAACCACAAAUGUAACCAUUCUUUUCAAUCUGCAGCGUCAAUUAACUUGGCUGCCACAUUUCCUGCAUCUACUGGUGAAAGAGGACAUGGACAAGCAGGAGGAAGUUCGUUGCCAACAGCAAAUCCAUGAGCUAUACAAGAGUGCAUCACGGGGUGACAUGUUGCCCUUUAGCAACACUACUAACUUGCGCCCAAAGGCAAGCAAAAUCAAGGAUCAGUAUCGCUUGUUCUACAGAGAACUGGAGCAGCUAAUUCAGCUAAAUGUCCAAACAUCGCACCAUAAGAAUUUGCUAGAGAGUUUGCAAAGUCUGCGCGCUGCUUAUGGAGAUGUCAGCAGCAAAUCGGACGCGAGUGUGGCUCAUUUACGCUCCUACACAGAAUCACCACUUUCACCCGAACGCUUGGAUCCCAAUAGCGGUGGUAGCAACAGUUCCAGCAGCCUUCUCAAAGCCAGCAAGCGACGCAUGUCUAGUUCCGGGCAGCGCUCACUGCUGGACAUGAUUAGCCAUGCCGAACGCAAUCAAUCCAGCAAACGAUUGGACUUCUCUGGUCGCCUUUGCACACCGUUAGGCCAGACAGCCAAAUUGUAUCCCGAUUUUGGAAAUAAGGAGAAAGAUGUUCUAACACCUGGCAUAAUACCGUCAAACUUAAAGGAUGAAUCCAUUCGAAGCUAAGAAAUGCUGCUCAUUCAAUUGCAGGAUAAGAUAUGAAAACAAGACAAUUACAAUUAGUUACAGUAAAUGUUUAGUUAUUAAAGACUUAUUAAAUACAUUAAAAUUUCAAACUCGGCUUAUUAAGGAACA